AUCAUUUGCACAGCUGUGGACGGUUUAGCCUCGACAUAUGUACUGCAGAGGAGGUUUAUGGCCGCCUGGAGCGGCGGUUUGGGUUAAAUGGUUCGGAUUGUUUUAAAUGUUUUGGAGGGGUGGAGUGUUUUAGAGGGGAGGGAUGUUUGGGAUAUUUUUGAACCCUACAGGCUGCAGCAGUUGCAGUACUGACUGAAAGCCGAAUUUUCACUAACGUUACUAAAUUUGCUCGUCGGAUUCAUCUUUAUUAAUCUUAACUCAUUCUCCUGUAUUUCUGUAUCUGGUCUCCACGUGCUGCAUGUCCUAGCUAGCUAGAGAACAAGUUCUGGUUCAAAAUACUAAGACAGUUUGACAUUUCGGAGCUAACGUUAACUGAAGCGCAGUAGCUUUUAGCUCCAGCUCCAGCUCCAGCAGAGACAGCGGAGUCCGAAGAGGGAACUAUGGCAGGAUCUGAGGGGAGCAAACUGUGGGGCGGCAGGUUCGUCGGGGCUACGGACCCUGUAAUGGAGAAGUUCAACGCCUCCAUCGCAUAUGAUCAACGAAUGUGGGAUGAAGACAUCAGGGGAAGCAAAGCCUACGUGAUGGCACUGCAGAAAGCUGGCCUGGUCACUCAGGAGGAAAUGGAACAGAUUCAUGGUGGCCUUGACAAGGUUUUUGUUGAAUGGUCCAGCGGUAAAUUCCACAUCAAGCCUGGCGAUGAGGAUGUUCACACAGCCAACGAGCGCAGACUAAAGGAGCUGAUCGGAGAAGCAGCUGGAAAGCUUCAUACUGGCAGGAGCAGGAAUGAUCAGGUUGUCACCGAUAUGAGGCUGUGGUUGCGGAAUGGAAUUGACACGCUGAAGGGAAAUGCCAUAGAACUUAUAAAUACAAUGGUGGAAAGAGCAGCAGUAGAGAUUGAAAUCCUGUUUCCUGGAUACACUCACAUGCAGAGAGCUCAGCCAAUCAGGUGGAGCCACUGGAUCCUCAGUCAUGCAGUGGCUCUAAGCAGAGAUGUGGAGCAGGUGGAAGAAAUCAGGAGGCGUGUCAAUGUUCUGCCUCUGGGAAGUGGAGCCAUUGCUGGGAACCCAUUCAACAUUGACAGGGAGCUUCUUAGAAAAGAACUAGACUUUGAUGGAAUCAGCAUCAACAGUAUGGAUGCCACUGGACAGAGAGAUUUUGUUGCUGAGUUCCUGUUCUGGGGAUCAAUGUGUCUGACACACCUCAGUAAGAUGGCAGAAGAUUUGAUCCUGUACAGCACCAAGGAGUUCUCCUUCAUCUCUCUGUCUGAUGCAUACAGCACAGGGAGCAGUCUGAUGCCCCAGAAGAAAAACGCUGACAGCCUGGAGCUCAUCCGCAGCAAAGCAGGACGAGUUUUCGGCAGAUGUGCAGGGUUUCUAAUGACUCUCAAGGGCCUCCCCAGCACAUACAACAAGGACCUACAGGAGGAUAAAGAGGCCAUGUUUGAUGUCUAUGAUACAGUACAUGCUGUACUGCAGGUGGCUACAGGUGUCAUAUCUACCCUGAAGGUAAAUCAAAAACAUAUGGAGGCUGCUCUCAGUCCAGACAUGCUGGCCACUGAUUUGGCCUAUUACCUUGUCAGAAAAGGAGUGCCAUUCAGGGAAGCUCAUAGCUGCUCAGGAAAAGCUGUCUAUCAGGCUGAGUCUAAAAACGUCCCCCUGAAUCAACUUACUGUGAAAGACCUCCAUUCUGCCAGUCCUCUGUUUGACAGUGACGUGUCCUCUGUAUGGGACUACACCAGCAGUGUGGAGCAGUACAGCGCCCCUGGUGGAACUGCGAGAAGUAGUGUCACAGCACAGAUAGAACACAUGAGAGCCUGGCUGAAGGCACAUCGAGAGUAACCUCUACUGUGUAUAUAGAGUGCAGUGGUACACACCUCUGUAUACUGAUCACAGUAGUACAAAAUGGUGACUUUGCCAUAUAUGACUUGAUAAGAAACUGAUGAGGCACCCUUUUUUUAAAAGUUUUCUUAAUUCUUUUUUCUAUACAUUCCCAAAAGCUCUCAGAUUCACUGCCCAAAAUGGAGUAAUUAAAAUGAGAAAUAAGAAAACAUGAAUUCAAACACCAAAAGAGAAACCUUUAUUUUUUUAAGCAAACUUGCAGUAUUGUAAACAUAAAAAGAGAUGGGAUAUAUGUUACAUAUUGUUGCUGCCCAAAGCAAGUGCCUCUAAAAUAAAAACUUUACAGGAGAAAAGAAA